ACUUAGGUACUCUAUGUUUCGUCUCCAUGCAUCUGAAUUUCUUUUCUUUUAAAAAAAAAAAAAAUUUUCUAAGUAACCCUGUCUUCUGUCGCAAUGGCAGUGACAUUCUAUGACCUUGGCUCUGACGCUGGCCUGAAGAAGCUUGAUGAGUACCUCCUAACUCGAAGUUAUAUUUCUGGAUACCAAGCUUCAAAGGAUGACAUUACUGUCUAUUCAUCUCUCCCCAAGCCUCCAUCCCCCCAGUAUGUGAAUGUUUCUCGUUGGUACAACCAUAUCGAUGCACUGUUGAGGAUUGCGCGGGUUUCUGCUGAAGGGUGUGGUGUUAUUGUAGAGGGAUCUGCUCCCGUCGCUGAGGCUGUUGCCACUCCUCCAGUUGAGGACUCGAAGGCAAGUACUUGUUCUCCUUCCUCUGCUGCCGAUGAUGAUGAUGAUGAUGAUGAUGAUGAUGUAGAUUUAUUUGGCGAAGAGACUGAAGAGGAAAAGAAGGCUGCAGAAGAACGUGCGGCUGCCAUGAAAGCAAAUGCAAAGAAGAAAGAAUCUGGCAAGUCAUCAGUUUUGUUGGAUGUCAAACCAUGGGAUGAUGAGACCGACAUGAAGAAACUUGAGGAAGCAGUAAGAGGUGUCCAGAUGGAGGGGCUUCUUUGGGGAGCUUCAAGAAAUGGAUCUAAUCUGUUUUCUGUAAUCCUCAAACGUAUCCACUACUAUGCAUGUAUAAUUUCGACGUACAACAUUAUUGAUAUUGUUGCCAGCUAAACUUGUAGCUGUUGGGUAUGGUAUAAAGAAGUUGCAGAUAAUGAUGACCAUUGUGGAUGACUUGGUGUCUGUUGACACUCUUAUUGAGGAACAUCUCACAGUAGAACCUAUAAAUGAAUAUGUUCAAAGUUGUGACAUUGUGGCCUUCAACAAAAUAUGAUGAGAAUUUGUGGCUAUUUGCGAUGCACUUAGGAGAGGAUUUUGGAAAAAGUCUUAUUGGGUGUUGUUGCCUGAUGAUAAGAUUUUAUGUUUACCAUUUUCUUGUUCUGUGCAAUUUGUUUCAAGAGUUAGUUUGUUCCGAUGGGAAACAAGUUAGUUUGUUCCGAUGGUGGAUCAGUCGCAGUGUUUAAAUUAAUAUAUUAUGGUUAU